AUGGAAGCGCGCGGCACGGCCGUCGUCGCGGGCGCCCCGCCCCAUCCUCCCUCCUUCCAUCACCCCGCCCCAUCCUCCCGCUUUCCAUCACCCCGCCCCAUUCUCCCGCUUUCCAUCACCCCGCCCCACUCUCCCGCGUUCCAUCACUCCGCCCCAUUCUCCCGCUUCCAUCACCCCGCCCCAUUCUCCCGCUUUCCAUCACCCCACCCCAUUCUCCCGCUUUCCAUCACCCCGCCCCAUUCUCCCGCUUUCCAUCACCCCGCCCCAUUCUCCCGCUUUCCAUCACCCCGGCCCAUUCUCCCUCUUUCCAUCACCCCGCCCCAUUCUCCCUCUUUCCAUCACCCCGCCCCAUUCUCCCGCUGUCCAUCACCCCGCUCCAUUCUCCCGCUUUCCAUCACCCCGCCCCAUUCUCCCGCUUUCCAUCACCCCGCCCCAUUCUCCCGCUUUCCAUCACCCCGCCCCAUUCUCCCACUUUCCAUCACCCCGCCCCAUUCUCCCGCUUCCCAUCACCCCGCCCCAUUCUCCCGCUUUCCAUCACCCCGCCCCAUUCUCCUGCUUUCCAUCACCCCGCCCCAUUGUCUCGCUUUCCAUCACUCUGCCCCAUUCUCCCGCUUUCCAUCACCCCGCCCCAUUCUCCCGCUUUCCAUCACCCCGCCCCAUCCUCCCUCCUUCCAUCACCCCGCCCCAUCCUCCCGCAUUCCAUCACCCCGCCCCAUUCUCCCGCAUUCCAUCACCCUGGAAGCGCUCGUUCUGAGCGUUUUUCUUCUGCCGGGUCACCUGGCUGCGCUUGUCUGGGCCUAA